AUGCAAAGGCCACCAGUGCAGCCUCAAGUCUGUAGCUUUUUCCAAGUUUCAAAAAGUUCCUCCUGUGUAACUCCACAUUCUCAAACGUCUGUAUUCUGUACAGGUGGGAGAGAUGGCAACAUUAUGAUCUGGGACACCAGGUGCAACAAAAAAGAUGGAUUUUAUAGGCAAGUGAAUCAAAUCAGCGGAGCUCACAAUACUGCAGACAAGCAAACCCCUUCAAAACCCAAGAAGAAACAACAUUUAAAAGGACUUGCUCCUUCUGUGGAUUCCCAGCAGAGUGUUACUGUGGUCCUCUUUCAGGAUGAGAAUACAUUAGUCUCAGCAGGAGCCGUGGAUGGAAUAAUCAAGGUAUGGGAUUUACGCAAGAAUUACACUGCUUAUCGACAAGAACCUAUAGCAUCCAAGUCUUUCCUGUACCCAGGUACCAGCACUCGAAAACUAGGAUACUCAAGCUUGGUUUUAGAUUCUACUGGCUCAACUUUAUUUGCUAACUGCACAGAUGACAACAUAUAUAUGUUCAAUAUGACUGGCUUAAAGACUUCUCCAAUGGCUGUCUUCAAUGGACACCAGAACUCUACCUUUUAUGUAAAAUCAAGUCUUAGUCCAGAUGACCAGUUUUUAAUCAGUGGUUCAAGUGAUGAAGCUGCCUACAUUUGGAAGGUUUCCAUGCCCUGGCAUCCUCCUACUGUUCUCCUGGGUCAUUCUCAAGAGGUCACGUCUGUGUGCUGGUGUCCAUCAGACUUCACCAAGAUUGCAACCUGCUCUGAUGAUAAUACACUAAAAAUCUGGCGCUUGAAUAGAGGCCUAGGGGAGAAACCGGAAGGCGAUAAACACUCCAUAGUGGGUUGGACCUCUCAGAAGAAAAGAGAAGUGAAAGCUGGCCCAGUAACGGUACCAAGUAGCCAGAGUACUCCUGCCAAAGCUCCCAGAGCCAAGAGCAGUCCAUCCAUUUCCUCUCCUUCGUCAGCAGCUUGUACUCCAAGCUGUGCAGGAGAUCUCCCUCUUCCUUCAAAUACCCCCACAUUCUCAGGCAAAACCACUCCUGCCAAGACCCGUUCUCCAGUCAGCAGAAGAGGCUCCAUCUCUUCUGUGUCUCCCAAGCCACUCUCUUCUUUCAAGAUGUCACUUAGAAACUGGGUGACCCGAACACCUUCUUCAUCACCACCUGUCACUCCACCUGCUUCUGAGACAAAGAUCUCAUCUCCAAGAAAAGCCCUUAUUCCUGUGAGCCAGAAGUCAUCAAAAGCAGAUGCUUGCUCUGAAUCUAGAAAUAGAGUGAAGAGGCGUCUUGACUCAAGCUGUCUGGAGAGUGUGAAACAAAAGUGUGUGAAGAGUUGCAACUGUGUCACUGAGCUUGACGGCCAAGUGGAGAGUCUUCAUUUGGAUCUGUGCUGCCUUUCCGGCACCCAGGAAGUCCUUAGCCAAGACUCUGCGGGUCCUACCAAAUCAAGCAAGAUUGAAGGUGCUGGCACAAGUAUCUCAGAGCCUCCUUCUCCUGUCAGUCCUUAUGUUUCUGAAGGCUGUGGACAACUGCCUCUUCCUUUGAGACCUUGUGGAGAUGGAUCUGAAAUGGUGGGCAAGGAGAAUAGCUCCCCAGAGAAUAAGAACUGGUUGUUGGCCAUGGCAGCCAAACACAAGGCAGAGAAUUCAUCUCCAAGAAGUCCAUCAUCCCAGACACCCAGUUCCAGGAGACAAAGUGGCAAGACAUCACCAGGCCCGGUCACCAUUACUCCCAACUCCAUGAGGAAGAUAUGUACGUACUUUCGUAGAAAGACUCAAGAUGACUUCUGUAGUCCUGAACACUCAACUGAAUUAUAG